GGGGUACCUUAUUUGAUGAUUCUGUGGAAUUUGUUGCUGGUAUACGAAUUUUUCUGAUUUCGGGCCAUGACUAUUGAACCUUUCCAGACCACCUUCGCGGUCCCAAUGACCUGCGAGGGUUGCGUUAAAGAUGUCUCUGCGUCGCUCAAGAAACUGGACGGGAUUAGCAAGGUCGAGGCCAGCCUGAAGGACCAACUGGUCUUCAUCGAGGGCACCGCGCCGCCCAGCUCCAUCGUCACGACCAUCCAAGCUACGGGUCGUGACGCGAUCCUCCGAGGCAGCGGUACCUCCAACAGUUCCGCGGUCUGCAUCCUCGAAACACAUUCCACGACUGUCUCGAACAAGAUCCGCGGGCUGGCGCGCAUGGUUCAGGUGUCAUCCAACAUGACGCUGGUGGAUUUGACGAUCAAUGGGCUCGCGCCGGGCAAGUACGUGGCGACCGUGCGCGAAGCGGGCGAUAUCUCGCAGGGAGCGGCGUCGACGGGAGGUAUCUGGGAGGCCGUCAAGGCCAAAGUUCUGGGCUCGCCGACGGAGUCGGCCAAGGAACCACGUGGAGUGUUUGGGUCGGUCGAGGUGGACGCAAAGGGUCGGGGCAAUGUGUUUUUAGAUCGACCGGUCGCGAUCUGGGAGAUGAUUGGGCGCAGUAUGGUGGUGUCAAAGAGUGCCGAGGGGCCCUUUGACCGGGAAGACUCGAACACAUUGGUCGGGGUGAUUGCUCGUAGCGCGGGGGUGUGGGAUAACGACAAGAUGGUGUGUUCCUGCUCCGGCAAGAAUGUCUGGCAAGAGCGGCAGGAGCAGGUCUCCCAAGGCAUGGUAUAGAGGGAUCUGAUAAUGAUGGAAGGUAUGGAGGGAGUAUCUGGAUGUUGUGAUUUGACUACAUCCAAGAGGGGGACAUAAGCCGUUCUAUGUAUAGCACAGAAGGAGGGGUCGUCAGUAUUACUACUACCAGUUCUACCAAUAUACGAGCCACAUGAAUGAAUG